AUGCAGCGCUACCAGUGGCGAGUUCUGCCGCAAGGCAUGAAAAACUCGCCCACCAUCUGCCAGUGGUAUGUCGCUCGCAUUCUGUCCCCUAUUCGGAAAAAGGCAGUUAGAGCUGUGAUCCUACACUACGUGGACAAUGUUUUGGUGUGUGCACCCACGCAGCAGUACCUGGACUGGACUCUGGGGGAGAUCAAUGAUAACCCCAAGACUCUGCAGAAACUCCAUCAACUCUGCGAGUCCAUCAACUGGGUGAGGCAGCUCCUGGGACUGACGACUGAGGACCUUGCCCCUCUGUUCAACCUGCUUUGUGGGAAUGAGGAUCUCAAAUCCCUGAGGCAGUUGACAGAAGAGGCAAGAAAUUCCCUCAUCAAAGUCCAGGAGGCGCUGUCAUCUCGCCAAGCCCAUUGUUAUGCCCCAGGGAAGGCGCAGGAGGCCCUGCAGGAGCAGUACCGGCUGGGUUCACUGCUGGGCAGCGGCGGCUUUGGCAGCAUCUACUCGAUCACGCAGCUCGCAGAUGGAGCCCUGAUGGCCAUCAAAUGCGUGCUGCGGGACUGCAUCUGGCACUGGGGCGAGCUGCCCAACAGCGCCUGUGCGCUCCUGGAGAUUGUGCUGCUGGACAAGGUGUCCACUGGGUUCCGUGGUGUCAUCCAGCUCCUGGAGUGGGUUGAGUUCCCCAACAGCUUCUUGCUGGUGCUGGAGUGUCCGGAGCGGUGUCAGGACCUGUUGGGUUUCCUGGUGGAGCGGAGGUUCCAGCCCAAGGAGGAGGCGCAGGGGCUGUUCGGCCAGGUGCUGGAGGCCGUGCAGCACUGCACCAGCUGCGGGGCCCUGCACCAGGACAUCAAGCCCGAGAACCUCCUGGUCGACCUGGCCACCAGGCAGCUGAAACUGAUUGACUUUGGCUGUGGCGCCGUCCUCCAGGACACAGCCUACACCCAAUUUGCAGGACCCCUGUUCUACAGCCCACCUGAGUGGAUCCACCACCAACGCUACCACGGCGAGGCAGCGACGAUCUGGUCCCUGGGCCUCCUGCUGUACCACCUGGUGGUGGGGAAGCACCUGUUCAGGAGGGGCCAGGAGAUCAUCUGGGGAUGGAUCCUGUUCCCACAAUGGCUCUCUCCAGGUGGAUCCUCAUCUCUGCAGCACGGGGGGAAUACCAGUGCUGGGAGACAGCAGCGGGCUCAGGGGCAUCCCACUCUGGCAGCUCUGAGGAGGUGGCACAUGUCCUGCUCUCCUGCUGCCCUCCAAAGCACAGAAUCCAUGGGGAAGUUUAGGCACAGCUCUGGGCACACCCAGCAUGGCCUGGACAGGGGAAUGGGGGAAAAAAAGCUGACGGGAUCCUUCUCCAACUGACUGGCUUCUGGUUUCUAGUUUCUCUCCCCAGAGUGCCAGGAUGGUAUUAAGAAGUGUUUGUCUGUUGCAUACAGGUAAAACCUUAUAAAAUGAAGGCCCUGUUGCCUUCAUAAAAUCAUGACUCAGGCCUGUUACUUCUGCUAGAGAAGGACCGUGGGAAAGAGGCAUAGCUGAAUUAGAGGUAGAAAAACAUGCUGUGUGAUUGUCGUGUGUUCACCCAGUGGUGUGUGGUGAUUGGUUGAAUUAAGCUUGUUGUGCUUUAAAGCUAUAUAAACAGCUAAGAAACUAUAAAAGACGCUGUGUGGUAUUAAAGAUAAGCUUUUUGCCUUCUGAAUGCAGUUGGUGUGUGUGAUUCAUGAGUGUCGUGUCUGUCUCAACUGUGACAUCUGGUGACCCCCGACCAACGUGGAAUGCCAACUCUAUGGCUGUAUCACGCAGCCGAACCACAAUCAAGUGGCUGGAGACAGACACUCAGCAGAUGAGAAUGGCUGUAAAGCUGUGAUAAGCUGUCCUUGGUUACAGUGUUUUCUAUUACCAUCCUCAUGAGCUGUUGAAUUCAGGUGGGGUGGUGUUUCCUUGCCUCCUCCCCCCAGACUAUCUUUCUGUUAAUGGCCCAUCACUGUCCUGUUGCAUGACUCAGAGGUAACUCCCUCCGGACUAUCUUCUGUUAAUGAGCCUAAUCAACACUUGGCCUCAUGACUCAUUACCCCAU